AAGGACCACCUCUCGGCAUAAACACAGCAACUUGUAAUUCCACACGAAAUGGCGCGGUUUGGUAUGGUUCUCGCCGUGGCUCUUUGCCUCACCAUCUCCGUGAUUCCGGACACAACCACUGCUCAGCUCAAAACCGAUUUCUACAAAAGCUCAUGUCCAAAUGUUGAACGUACAGUGAGGACAGUUGUCCAACAAAAAGUCAAACAGACAUUCGUCACCAUCCCAGCUACUCUCCGUCUCUUCUUCCACGAUUGCUUCGUCAACGGAUGUGAUGCGUCAGUCCUGAUUCAAUCAACGCCUGACAACAAAGCCGAGAAGGAUCAUCCAGACAACGUGUCUUUGGCCGGAGAUGGAUUCGAUGUUGUGAUCAAAGCCAAGAAAGCCCUUGACGCAAUCCCAAGUUGCAGAAACAAAGUUUCUUGUGCUGAUAUCCUUGCCUUGGCCACCCGAGAUGUUGUUGUCGCGGCUGGAGGAAAGUCGUACCCAGUGGAACUCGGUAGGCGAGACGGUUUGGUGUCGACGGCUGCAAGCGUCCACGGAAACUUGCCAGGACCAAAUGACAACGUUGACAAACUCAACAAGCUCUUUGCCAAAAACAAACUUACUCAAGAGGAUAUGGUCGCCCUUUCAGCGGCUCACACCGUCGGAUUCGCUCACUGUAGCAAAGUAUUCAACAGAAUCUACAACUUCAACCGCACACACUCCGUUGAUCCAACUCUAAACAAAGCCUACGCUAAGGAUCUUCAAGCGGCUUGUCCCAAGAACGUUGAUCCAAGAAUCGCUAUUAACAUUGACCCAGUCUCUCCAAGAAAGUUCGACAACAUUUACUUCAAGAAUCUGCAAAACGGCAAAGGACUCUUCACUUCCGAUCAAGUUCUCUACACCGAUCGUCGCUCUAGGCCCACCGUUGACGCUUGGGCCAAGAACUCCGCUGCUUUCGACGCCGCCUUUGGAAGAGCUAUGACCAAACUCGGCCGUGUUGGCGUUAAGACUGGACGCAACGGUAACAUCCGUCGCGACUGUGGAGCGUUUAACUAGUAAGAGGAAAAAAUCAGU